CAACAUUCCCGAGACAUGAACGAGCCCACAGGACAACCCAUUUCAAAUACAAAUGGUCUUGGAGCCCGAGCGAACUCGGAUGCAAGACCUGUACAAGGACCAGUAGGAAUAAGAGAUAAUACAAUCCAUGGCAUUCACACAUUCACGGUACCCCGCGCAGACGAGGGUGCGUAAGGCAUUCAUCCCAACCAUACUAGGACUACUGAUCGGCUGGUACUAUGAUGCAGUUGACGUGUUGAUAUACAGGAGGGAUCCCCGCAUCAGAGGAAACUUUUUGACAUUUUCACUUCUGUGCUGGGUGAUCAUGCUCUCCAUCUUCUUCUAUCUCGAAUUUAUCCGCCCUGUGUUAAGGAAGAAGCCUACAGAGUACGUCAAUUGGGAAAAAGAGUUUCUCUAUCCUAUCCGCAUAGCAACUGCUUCUCUAGUCAUGGGCUCAUUCGGAUCAACUAUCGCACUUUGGCCAGUCUGGCAUCUAUCAACAUUCUUUGUUCUUCCUCUCAUUGCUAUAGCCAUCAUCAGUGUUCUAGGUGUCUUUUUUUAGCAUCAAUACUCAAUCGGAUUUUUUUGUCCACCCUCUCUUAAUUAUUAUUGCGACCAAUAUAAAUAAACAAUAGAAACCCACUGCACUGUUAUUUCUUUAUCAUUGAACUGAUCCCUAUCUAGUA